GUUAAGAAUAUAGGACUGCAAGAAUAGUUUUUAUUCUGAAACCCUUAAACCCUAUAUUGGAGUAAUAUCUGCUACCAUUAUUGGCUGCCCCGCUCUCCACCACUGCGCAGCCGAUCCGAAGAGAAUCAGGGAAGUAUUAUAAGAGGAGCAUACAAUGAGAUUGGAGAAAUGUUGGUUUUGUUCCUCAACUAUAUAUCCAGGCCAUGGUAUUCAAUAUGUUCGAAACGACGCAAAGAUCUUUCGGUUCUGUAGAUCUAAAUGUCACAAGAACUUUAAGAUGAAGAGGAAUCCACGUAAAGUUAAAUGGACUAAAGCAUAUAGAAGGCUGCAUGGAAAGGACAUGACUCAGGACUCAACAUUUGAAUUCGAGAGGAAGCGUAAUAGGCCAGAGAGAUAUGACAGGAAUGUAACCGAGAGCACUUUGAAGGCCAUCAAGAAAAUUGACAAAAUCAGAGUUGAUAGGGAGGAGAGACAUAUUGCAAAGAGGAUGAAAGGGAAGAAAUCCAAGGAGCAGAGAGAAGCAGAGAACGAGCUCAAGCAGAGCAUUCACAUGGUCAAAGCUCCUGCUGCGUUCGACAAAGAGCCAUCUCUUACGCUGCCCGUCAAGGUCAAGGUUUCACAAAAGCAGUCAGAGGAAAAUCGCAUGGAGGAAUGAACAUUUUGCUUCAUAUAUUCCAUAUUGUCAAACUAAAACACAAUCAGUUCACGCUUAUUUUAUAUUUUUAUGGUAUGUAUAACUUUUUGAUUACAUAUAACUAUCCUGAUGUUGUUUGUGUCAAGAGAUACAGACACUCUGUCUAAUUUGGGUUGAAUUUUAAGAUCAAGAACUAAAGCCAGAUAAUAUUAUCUCUAGCAAGGUUCCUAGCGUGUCUUGACCAUGGAA